UUCAUCGCCUUCUGCCUGAAGAAGUUUGCCUUGACAUUUACCCUGCCAUUCUCCGAAUUCCUUCCUACCACCGUACCCGUGGAGUUCAGCAUCAAGGCUGCAACCGCGUCCUGUUGUCUUUCCCUGCCCGAGACAAGUACAAUGCUCUACGUUAUAAAGGAGUUGCAUAACAAUCUCAAACUCGUUGACUGCAAGUGUCGGCCCCAGCAGCAGAAUCCCUUCAAGAUCAUCGAAGAGGUCCUGGAGCCCGGGAAGGACGGACAGCCAGGGUAA